CUGCUGCAAACGUAAAGUGGAAAUUACCAGUCUCCACAUCAAGGUUUUUUUUUUGACUAAUCCAGAUGUGUGCGUGGUAAAUGUGUGCACGCGCACAUCAGGCCCCAAACUGGAAAGCACUGGCGCAGUACAGUGCAAUAAACAGUGCAUGCAGGGGAUGCAUGGGGUUUAAGCACCUAAAAAAAUCGUUGUGCUUUUCUUUUUUUUAGACGCCUGCACUUUUUUAGUUUAGGGAUGAAUCAACGCAGCGAAAUUUAUUCAACUGUAAGCUUUUGAGCUGUGUGUAAGUGGAUCAAACAGGUAAAAAUAGAUUAAAUAUUGGGAACAUUACACUAAGAAAGUCGACAUCGACCUGUUUUUGGCAAUCUUGCCUCUAUCUGUGCUGCUGCUUCGUCUCGGGUAUGAGGUGCACAGGCUUGAGCUGCUGCUUCCCGGUGAAUGAAUGAAGGCGCGUCACUGCGCUGGACCCUCAACAUGGCCGUCAGCGCGCAGCACUCUGUCAUCACACUGGACCUGGACGCCUGAACGGACGCUCUUUCACCGGACAGCAUGUGCGGAAUGAGGUCUGCUUGCAUAUGGUUCUGUUCUGCGGUCGAGAUGAUCACCGACAGCCGAUAAAAUCCCAGCACUGGUGAUUCGGCACCGGAUGAAGGCCGGUACUGGAGCCUCGGGCUGGAUUUGAGAAGCUGCGCUUAAAGAGAGUUGUACAAUGUUUUGUCGCGUGCUAGAGGAAGAGGAGGCUGAGCACUCAGGCUAGUGUGGAUGAGAGCACAGUGCCGUGAUGCUGUGCUGUGGCCGAGCUCUGGACUCUCCCUGUACUCUAGCUCUGCUGGUGGGCUUCCAGUUUGCAUUUGUGCUCUAUUUCUCCUUGGGAGGCUUCCGUGGCCUUGUCUCUGUGCUGGUGCACUCCUCAGAACCCGAGUUUGACUACUCUCGGCCGCAUGACGUUUACACAAACCUUAGCCAGCUCAGUGCCCUGCUGCCCCCUCACCCCAGCGGAGCCGAGCAGCAGCAUAGGGGCUGUUUGCUGCCAUCACCACUGCUUGUGGGUCCUGUGUCUGUGCGCUUGUCCUCUCCUCUUUCCCUGGAGGAGAUAAAAGAGAAGAACCCUCUGGUGACCCCAGGAGGCCAUUACCGUCCUCCGGACUGUGAACCGAGGCACCACACAGCUAUCGUGGUCCCCUACCGGAACCGGCAGAGCCACCUGCGAACACUCCUCUACCAUCUGCACCCCUUCCUGCAGAGGCAGCAGAUACACUAUGGCAUCUACAUCGUACACCAGUCAGGAAAUUCAACAUUUAAUCGUGCAAAACUGCUGAACGUGGGAGUGCGGGAAGCUCUGAAGGAGGAGGACUGGGGUUGCAUCUUCCUCCACGAUGUGGACCUGCUUCCAGAAAAUGACCACAACACCUACACUUGCCACCCACAGUACCCCACUCACCUCUCUGUGGCUAUGGACAAGUUCAGAUACAGGCUUCCAUAUCCUCAGUACUUUGGUGGAGUGUCUGCCGUCACUCCAGACCAGUACCUCAAAAUGAAUGGCUUCCCAAACCAGUACUGGGGCUGGGGAGGAGAGGAUGAUGACAUCGCUGCUCGAGUUCGUCUAUCUGGGAUGAAGAUAGUGCGCCCUCCUGUGGCUGUGGGUCAUUACAAGAUGAUUAAGCAUAAGGGGGACAAGGGUAAUGAGCAGAACCCCAGAAGGUUUGACUUGUUGAAGCACACAAGGCUAAACUGGAGAUCAGAUGGGCUCAACUCGCUCACUUACGAGCUUCUGUCCAAAGAGUUAGAGCCGCUCUACACCAAUCUGAGCGUCAAUAUUGGUGAAGACCCUCAUCCUCCUCCCAAAAAGUCUGCACUUCCUAAACCUGCUCCUUAUCCUGCAGAAAGACCCAAAGACAGAGACAACGACAAGGAAACACUAGGAGUGCAGUCCAGUCAAGCUACCACAUUAGAGGAGGGUCACCUAAAAGUAACCAACAGGAGUUCAGACGUUGGUCAGGAAGCUGCUGUGAAACAGGAAAGUGUUUGAUGAAAUAGACCUAGUCCAUAAAGCGCCGGCAGUGCACGUGGAUCUGAAGUGGACUUGUACUGCACAUACCAGUUUGUAUUGUUUCCUCUUUAAUAUCAUCAAGUAUUGCACUGAGAGGUGAGCUUGCAGGUCAGUUGAAUUAUUGCACUGAAUGUCCACACUGGCAUGGUGUCAUUUGCACAGACCUCUGCUGAACCAUUUCCCGACGAUCUCCUUGCCACGAAACUCACUGAGCUAAACGUUACUGAAAAUGAUGUGCUCGUGUGUAAUAAUUGUGCUCUAGAGACACAUUGCACCAGUGCUAGUCCUGUGUGCUUAUCAUUCAGCCAGCCUGCGGUUAUCUGCUAAUCUUCACACCAACGUGUGGGUUCUGUCUCUUUGUGCCUUUUCUCGCUCUAGAACCAGCUUUCCAUCAGCAUCCUCUUACAUAUGUCCUUAAUGGAAAAGACAAGCGUAUUAGUGCACACUUGUGUAUGGGAGUGACAGGCUACUUAAGUGCUCUGAAUUGCUGCUGCUCCUAAUUUCUCAUCACCAUGCAGCUUUGUGGGCUUGUGCUUGAACAGACUGUUAGCACUGUGUUCUAGUUUUGAUCUUGCUUAUGAAAAUGUGCAGCUCAUUGUGUUUCCACAGGUUUGUGUUUUUAUUUUAGAAAUGUCUAAAAGUGCUUUUUUUUUUUGCUGGUCAAAUAAUAAUUUCCAAAUAGAAUAGGGAAUAUACGUUAUUGCCAGACGGCUCUUUUUUUGGUUAGACAAUCAUAAGGGUAAGCUAAAUAGCUGACAAAUCGAUAAGUUAAAAAAUUUCUGUCUUUAAAAGUUUGUUUUUGAUCCUUCUACAUUAUAAUAGUGAAUUAGAUUUAUUCGAGAUAUUUUCCACUAGAUUUGUAUGAGAGUUAUCACAGAUACGAUGAUGAAUUGUUUUAUUGCAGGUCUAACGGAACGUGUUGCUGCGGAUUAAUCGAUAUAACGAUCGUUAUAAUCUUUGUACAUAAGCUAUAUUUAUUCUAGAAAAAUAAUACCAUAUGCAAAAGAUGACAUUUCUCAUUUAAAAAAAAAAUCGGCCAAGUAUCAGUUCACAGAGACGAAUCUGAAAUUGAAUCUCUUUCUGAACCCUAACACUGCUGAAGAUAGUUGGUAUUGUAAAUGUGUUGUCUCCUUGCCGAGGGUAUAGAGCACUUUUUCUAUUUUUUCUUGUAUCCGGCAAUAUCAGAAAAUGAUUAUUUGAAUGUAUUUUAUUCCAACUAUGUUGGUAAUGUUCUCUCCCCACAAACUCCCAUUUGAAGCUGCCAGUGGUUGUGUGUCUGUGUGUGUGUGUGUGUGUGUGUGUGUGUGUGUGGCAGGAUUUAAAUAUGACAAAGAAUAUAACAAAGACCUGCAUAUAAAACUUUAUCUUUAUUUUUUAAUGAAGACUUCAUUAGAGGUAGUACUUUAAAAGUGCUUUAACCUUACCAUAGGUAAUGAAAUACACCUGUGAUAUUUAUUUAUUUAUUUAUUCAUCACCACAAUCUAGUAGAGAGUAUAAAUAGAAUUAUCGAUAUUAUCUUUAUCUGUGUGUGUGUGUGUGUGUGUGUGUGUAUAAAUAGGUACACACCCUUUUUCUUUAUUAGCAUGUGUCCCAAAAACCUAUUUCUUUACACCGUAUGUCCAAGGCACUAAUAUAUUUAUUUAAUACAGUAGUUUUAUAUGAGAUGUUUAGGAAUAGUCAUAAUAUACUGGAAUAUCUAAGAGUAUCAUAGUCUAAACACAACUCAUUUUCCCAGUUGCUUAGAGUUAUAGUAAUGAUCUUUGUGAUUGAGUUUUGUUUAUUUAUUUAUUUUUUUAAUUUGAUCACAUAUCUAGAGGAGUCCAUACUGUCUGGAGCCAUCUGUUAUAUUCUAUAGGCAACUUCACGGACGUUAAUAACAGAGUAUGAAAUGUCCAGAAGCAUUUCACUUCUCACGGCGCCUAAAGAUUAGAUCUCAGACUCAGAACUGCUCUAGGGUAGGAUACCGUCCAUCACCCACGGGUCACUUUAUUUCAGUAUUCCGACUGCUGGAUCGAACCUUUGACAUGGAUCCUUGAGUACUGCUACUGAUGACUUACAAGAUCUCCCCAUGUUCCUGCGAGUUAUUGUAGCUGCUGGUAACGUUACAUAAAUUGCUUCUGGACAUUAAACCGAUGACUAGUGAAAUUAGUUGAUGCUCUGUACCUGAGGGACUACAGGUGUGCUAAUGCUUUAUUCCAUUCACCAUAUGAGUUAUGUAGAGAAAUAAACGAUGUUGAAUUGACA